AUGUCCUCGUCCUGCCAGCAUCUCAUCGCCGCGCUCAAGGAGUGUCUUCUCCACUCGGACUGCGUCGUCAAGCAGGGCCACCUGCCGUCCGAAUGUCUUAGGGAGCAUACCAAGGAACUGCCGGAGGAGUGUCUCUCGCUCCGGCAAGCCACCUUUGAGUGCAAGAGGGGCAUGUUGGACAUGCGGAAACGAUUCCGAGGCAACUACGUGGGUCUUCCUCCCAAGACGUCGACCGCAGAAGGACCGGACAAUGCAGCCGGCGCGGCUGCUGGUGAGACGAAGUCAUAG